AUGCGUCCAGAAUCGUUACAAAUCGAUAAAAAAACGACAUUAUCUUCGCCAUGGCAAACUUACCAGUACUUUUCUCAAUCAUGCACUAAAACGUAUAAUUUACCAGUUAGUGAAAUUCGCAAAUCGACAUUCGCUACAAACAAAACCAAAGUAAUCUGCGUUCAAGGCAGUACGGAAAUUACACCGUUCACAGGUGGUACGAUUACCUUCGAUGCCACAGCUGGGCGGGCCGAAACACGGGCAGAUUUUCUACAAAACCCAGAGUUGUCUGAUUGGGUAACUGUUUCAGCGUUAAAAAUCGAAUUACGUCGAUUAAAUACUUUUGGUGAUGAUAAUUUUGGCGAUGAAAAUAGCUAUUUCUACGCAAUAUCUGACAUUGUAGUCGGCGGAAGAUGUAAGUGUAACGGUCACGGCGCUUCAUGCUAUUACGAUAAUAGUAAUACAUUAACUUGCAGAUGUCAGCAUAAUACUCAAGGCAGAGACUGCCAAAGCUGCCAAAGUAAAUUUAAUGAUCGACCAUGGGCCGCCGCAACAGAUUCGGAAGCUAACGAAUGUAUUGAGUGUAAAUGCAAUGGUUUAGCUGAAAGUUGUAACUUCAACCGAACGUUAUACGAAGCUACGGGUAGUGGUGGAAUAUGUGUUGGGUGUCGAAAUGGCGCAACAGGCAUAAAUUGUCAAAAGUGUCUAUCUGCAUACUAUCCUAUUGAUAGAAAUGACCCAUCGAAAGGAUGCCAAAAUUGCAGUUGCAAUGCCGUUGGGUCUCUCAAUUCUGUAUGUGAUUCGAUGGGACGAUGUCGCUGUAAACCCGGUGUAGCUGGCGAUAAAUGUGAUCGCUGUCAAGCUUUUUAUUACAAUUUUACAUCAGCGGGCUGUAGCUCAUGUGAUUGUUCAGAAGCUGGGACCAGGGCAGAUAGUAGUGAUUGCGAUAAAAUCACAGGCCAAUGCCAAUGCAAAGUUAACGUUAUUGGAAAACAAUGUGAUAGAUGCAUCACCUCACAUUUUGCUCUCUCGGUUGAUAAUCCUGAAGGUUGUCAGAGAUGUUUUUGUUUUCAGCAUGGUACUGAAUGUCUCUCAGCCUCCAAUUACAAACAAAGUAUGAUCAAAUCUGAUUUUCAGCAAGGGUUUGAUGGCUGGCGAAUAACGGACGAUAAAGGAAGAAUCAUCGUAGGAGAUUUUCUAGCAUUUAACUGGACGAUAGGAUCAGUCUCAGCUACAGUCGUUAGAGCUGAUUCGCCUUUAGCUUACUUUUAUGCUCCUCUAAAAUUUCGCGGCGAUCAGCGUUACUCCUACGGUAAAAGUUUAAGAAUUAGCAUCAGUGCAACUGCCCCUAACACCACUUCCUUCAUUCUAACAUCACUAGAUGUUCAGAUAUUAGGAGGUAUCGGGAAUUCCAAGCGCCUUGUUUCUUCAUCAUUAAGCAGAGUCAACCAAAGUCAAAUAUUACCUUCUAAUCAAAUAAGAUGGUAUGAUUUACGAUUGCAUGAAGGUCCGACAUACGGUUGGUCUCCAUCCUUAUCGUCCAUCGAAUUUCAAAGUAUUUUAUACAAUAUCGAACAAGUUAUCAUUAUUGCCAAAUUUUCUGGUCUUCUUAAUUCCGUAGUCAGACUACAUAAUGUAACACUACAAUCAGCAGAAUUAAUCAAUAAUCAAGAACUUUCCUCAUCAUACAUAUUAGCUAAUUACGUGGAGGAAUGUACCUGUGCAAAGCCUUAUGGAGGCUUGUCCUGUCAAUUAUGUGCAGAUGGUUACAGGCGUGAUCAAUUUGGUGGAACGGUUUAUACGGAGUGUGUUCCUUGUCAAUGUAACAAUCAAGCUGCAACAUGCAAUACUACUAUGUGUCACUGCCUCAACCAUACAGCCGGAACAUUUUGUGAGAAUUGCCAAUCAGGCUAUUACGGUGAGGCCACAGAUGGUGGUUUCUGUAGUCGUUGUCCAUCAGUGUGCAACCUUAGUAAAGUGGGAGCGGGUGGUGAAUGCUUGAAAGACGAUCAGAAUAAAAUCAUUUGUACUAACUGUCGUAGAGGAUAUGCUUACCCGCAAUGCAUACACUGUAGCGACGGUUACUAUGGCGAUCCUGCCGGUAUUCGCGGCGUAGUAACUCCAUGUCAACAAUGUCAAUGUAAUGGUAAUAUUGAUCCGAAUGCUGUAGGAAAUUGCAACAGAACUACAGGAGAGUGUUACAAGUGCAUUUAUAAUACUGAAGGAUUUUAUUGUCAACAGUGUCUGAUUAAUUAUUACGGAAAUGCUCUGUCACCCCUUAAAGGAAAACAAUGUAAAGCCUGCAAUUGUCAUCCCUUUGGCACUAAUUCAUUCAGAAAUGCUACUUCACCGUGCAACAGAAUUACGGGACAGUGCUCUUGUCGGAAAAAUGUAAUAAACCGAGACUGUAGCCAAUGCAAGGCUAACUUCUGGGGGAUUAAUUCAGGAGAAGGGUGUAUCUCUUGUAAGAAUUGCAGCAAAACAGGAUCUGUAGGUUGCGAUCAAAUAACGGGUGACUGUCUUUGUAAGCCAAAUGUUGGGGGCGAGCUGUGUGAUAGAUGUCUACAUGGUUUUUAUAAUUUUUCCAUUGAAGGAUGCACAGCUUGUAGAUGCGAUCCCUUUGGAAUUUAUAAUACUUCAAAUGGAAGACAAUGUUUCGAGAACGGAACAUGUACUUGCCGAUCGACCACCAUUAUAGGCGAGAAGUGUGAUCAGUGUGUAAUUAAUCAUCAUUCUUUGCGAGUCUAUUCGCCACAACAGCCUUGUCAAGAAUGCGAUCAAUGCUAUGGUCAAUUCGUAAAAACUUAUGUCAACCAGCGGAGAACAGAGUUGCUAAAUCUUCAAGAAAUUAUCGCUGUUUUAUUAUACAAUCCUACAUCAUUAAUUAACGUCACCCAGUUCGAAAUUAGAGUCGAAGCAGCUAAUGGCAGCAUUCAACAGUUAUUAAACGCGAUGCAGGUAGUCGUUCAACAAGAUAUCCAAAUGUACACAACGUAA